AUGGCAUCGAGACUGUCGAGGGCCUCGUCGACUCCUUCGGAGGGUGAGAUUAUCGAGUCGGGCUCAGAUACGAAGGCAACUACGUCGCAGACUUCUCUUAAUGGCAUAAUCGUUGACCGUAACACCAGAAACGAUGCGCAUUCUCCGAAAUCUUCUGGCUCCGUGGGAAAGUCCAGCCGUCGUGAGGUAUCGAGAUCUCGCUCACCGUAUCGCUCGUCGAGAGGCGAAAAGCGACGGCGGGAUGAUUAUGAAUACGACAGAGGUAGCCGCCGGACCACCCUAGCUUCUAGAUACGAUGAUAAGUACCACAGUAAAAGUGAUUCACGCCGAAAUCGUCGUUCGUACUAUGAUCAUGACCGGAGCGAUUCAUACGAUAGGCAUCGACUCUCCUACAAUGAUGAUUACGAUAGGCGCUCUGAGAAACGUCCCAGAACACGGAGUCGGUCGCCAUACUAUGAGUCGAGGAAACAAAAGCGAUACGCGGACGACCACGACCGAAGAAUCGAGGGACAAGGGCCCCCUUCUGGGCCAGCGGAGGGUCGUUUAAACCGUGAAGGGAGACGGUUAUCUUCAGAACAGUCAGUGAGCGAACGAGGAAAACCCUCUAUUAGCGCUCAAACAUCCAGGCAAGAAACUGAACAUCGAGGAACCCAGAUGCAGCAAACUUCCGCGGCCCAGCCAAGUGCCUCGAAUGGCAUUAAGGCUUGCGGAGACAAUACUACGCGAGAUGAGGCUGCUCACGAGCCCAUUGAUGACACCGCAUUGAUUGAACAACGGCGAAAGCGCCGUGAAGCCAUCAAAGCUAAGUAUCGUGGUCAAGCGACGCCUCUCCUUGUCCAAGCCCUUCAAAUUGGAACUGAGACAGGAUUUACUGCGACAAAUGCCUCUGGUAGUAAUUCUACAGAUGAGAUUGCAGCGGUUCGUCAACAGUCGCCUAUCGUAACCCCGGAUGAUACCUCUACUGCCCUUUCUCCCACAGAUCUCCAUGUUUCUCAAGAUGAAGAUCUUGCCAACACUGAUUUGCAAAAUAGAAGUGAAAUGGAAAGGGAAGAGCCUUCUGCAGCUGACUACGACCCAACGGCAGACAUGAGACAAGAAAAGAUGAAGCACGAUAAACGCCAUUUUGGCGAGGAUAUGUCUGCUAGCGCUUAUGAUGAAACUAAGGUAACAAGACAAGAAAUUCUCAUUCCAGAGCCAACGAUAGACCAGCCCAACCAAAUGAGGGCCAAAGAUCCGUUUGAUAUGUUUGCUGAGGAUGAUGACGAUGACAUGUUUGCGGAAGAGUCAUCAGCAACCACGAACCAGGGUGAUCAUGCCGUGACCAACAUUAAACCGAGCAUCGCUCAACCACAAGAACUCGACAUGAGUAUGAUGGAUAACUGGGAUGACCCUGAAGGUUACUAUAACGUCAUGCUGGGUGAGUUGAUUAAUGGGCGGUAUCAUGUCCAGCAAAACCUGGGUAGGGGGAUGUUUUCUUCGGUUGUUCGUGCUACGGAUUCCAAGACUGGAAGACUCGUUGCUGUUAAGAUCAUUCGUAACAACGAUACUAUGCGCAAAGCAGGGUUCAAGGAAAUUGAGAUUCUACAACUUCUGCGAACUGCGGAUCAAGAGGACAGGAAGCACAUUAUCCGGUUUGACCGACAGUUUGAGCAUAAGGGGCAUCUAUGCAUGGUAUUUGAAAAUCUCAGCAUGAAUCUCCGAGAGGUUUUGAAGAAGUUUGGUCGAGAUGUUGGCAUUAAUCUUCGCGCUAUUCGGGCGUAUGCUCAGCAGAUGUUUCUUGGACUGAGUCUCCUUCGCAAAUGCAACAUCUUACACGCCGAUCUGAAACCAGACAACCUGCUUGUAAACGAGAACAGGAAUCUUCUCAAACUCUGUGAUCUCGGCUCGGCAUCACCGAUCACCGAAAAUGAGAUCACUCCCUACCUUGUCAGUCGCUUUUAUCGGGCCCCUGAGAUCAUCCUUGGUAUUCCGUAUGACUAUGCAAUAGAUGUUUGGUCUAUUGGGUGCACCCUCUUUGAGCUUUACUCGGGAAAGAUCCUUUUUACAGGUCGCAGCAACAAUCAAAUGCUACGCUCCAUGAUGGAAUGCCGGGGCAAAUUCCCCCCCAAAUUCCUGCGCCGCGGAUCACUUACACAACUGCAUUUUGACGAAUUGCUGAACUUUCGCAGCGUCGAAGAGGACAAGAUAACGGGGCGCAUGGUUACGAAAAUAUUAGAUUUCAAGAAACCAACCCGAGACUUGAAGUCGCGGCUUAUGGGUAAAGGGGCAAGAUUCAGUGAUACAGAAAUAAAGGAGAUCAAUAUGUUUAUUGAUCUGCUGGAUCGCUGUUUAAGCGUAAAUCCAGAAAAGAGAUGCACUCCUUCAGAAGCUCUCAGACACCCAUUCAUCGCUAGGAGUAAGUCAUGA